GAAAGGGUUGCCUCUAGCUUGACCUCCGACCUAGGAAGCAGCUAAGGCAAGUAUUGAGCGCCUGGAGUCUCUUCAAGGGCGCACAAAGCGGCACUUCGAUUUUGGAGACGCUGAAGGCACAUUGCGCACAAUCUGCUGAAGCGAGCAUUGCCAGAUACCUCACGGCUGAAUUCCCCCCCCCGGGUCUGCAGCCAUGUCGUCCUGGAAGAAUACCCUGGUUGGCGACUAUGAGUGGGGCUUUUUGUGCAUGCCCCGCAAGUUCUGGAAGUCGGGGGCGUCGCGGGCGCCUCCCUUCUUCGGACGCGAUGAGCCCAUCUCCAUCUUUGUCGCUGCGGUGAUGGGCCUGCAGCACGCCCUCGCCAUGGUGGGGGGAAUCAUCACAGUGCCCCUCAUCAUCUCUGGCAGCUUCUACGGGAACUUCACCCAGGAUGAGUCGCAGUACAUCAUUGCCGCGGCCCUGAUUGUGUCUGGCAUUGCAUCCAUGGUCCAAGUGACGCGCUUCAAGAUCCCCUUCACCCCCUACUACCUAGGGACGGGCCUGCUGUCGGUGAUGGGCAUCAGCUUCACGUUCCUGCCCAUUGCCCAGUCGUCCAUCCAGAACAUGCGCGCCUGCGCCUGCGCCGGCGUCAGCUGCAGAGUGGGCGGCUCCUGCAACACGUGCGCCGUCCCGCUCACAGGGGACUGCAACACGGGGCAGGAGGCAUACGGCCGCUUCCUGGGCACGCUGCUGGUGACGUGCUGGAUCGAAAUUGCCUUCUCCUUCCUCCCGGCCAAGGUUUUGAGAGCCACGUUCCCCCCCGUCGUCACCGGCACAGUGGUCAUUCUGAUCGGCGCCAACCUGCUGGGCACGGGCUUCUCGUACUGGGGCGGCGGCGUCUUCUGCGCGGAGAACGCGACGACCACGCACCCGACGUGCAGCGGGAACGGCGAGACCAACCUAAACUUCGGCAACUGGCGCUACGUCGGCCUGGGCUUCGUGGUCUUCUUCACGCUCGUCAUCGUCGAGAUCUUCGGGUCGCCCUUCAUGCGCAACAUCCAGGUGGUCAUUGGUCUGCUGGUGGGCAUGAUCGUGGCGUCCGCCACGUACGUCACUAGCUGCGACAAAGAAGGGAACUGCAGCAAGACGCUGUACGUGACCGACAAGGUCAUCCGCAGCGCCAAGUGGGGCGAGUUCCUGUGGGUGCACACGUUCCCCAUCGGCUUCUACGCGCCCGCCAUCCUGCCGUGCCUGCUCGGCUACCUCGUCACCACCAUGGAGUGCAUCGGCGACGUCACCGCCACGCGCGAAACCUCCAACCUGCCCGUCGCAGGUGAGGAGUUCGACGCCAACGUGCAGGGCGGCGUGCUGGCGGACGGCCUCAACAGCUUCUUCGGCGCGCUGGGCACCAUGAUGCCCGUCACCACCUUCGCGCAGAACAACGGCGUCAUUGCGCUGACCCGCUGCGCGUCCCGGCGCGCGGGCAUUGCGUGCGCGGCGUGGCUGAUCCUGCUGGGCAUCAUCGGCAAGUUCUCGGCCAUCAUCCUGACCAUCCCCAACUGCGUCCUCGGGGGCAUGACCACCUUCCUGUUCGUGAACGUGCUGGUGAGCGGCAUCAAGAUUUUGACCAUGGGCCGCGGCCUGACCCGCCGCACGCGCUUCAUCGCGGCCAUGUCCCUCGCGGUGGGCCUGGGCGUCACCAUCGUGCCGGCAUUCGUCAACGUCGGCAAUGACGAAGAGCACUACCCGCGCCAGGGGCCGCUCUGGCCCACGCGCGACUCCUGGAGCCCCGGCUUCCGAGGCUUCCGCGACGCGAUCAUCAUCGUGCUGAGCACGGGGUUCUCCAUCGGCGGCUUCCUGUGCAUCAUCCUCAACUUCAUCAUCCCGUACGGCGAGGACGACCUGGUGGAGCACAGCGGGUACACCGAGGAGGAGUACAACCCCGGCGUGGCCGCCAAGGAGUUCGCACUGGAGAACGGCAAGGCGCCGCCCGCCAUUGAGAUGAUGCACAAGCACGCCGGCUAGGCGCGGGUUCUGGUGUGAGAUCACGAGUCGCGCCGGCUCGUUGAGUUGGUAAAUCCGCAUGGAGGCGCUCGAUGCGGGUCACGUGUAAUUACUGAUUGAAUAGGGAGAGGGCAUCAGGUGCUCCUGCAUAUUUAAUUGGUGAUCGUAUUCGAGCAAGCUGAUUGAAGGUUUGGAGGGUUAGCUGCGGACUGACCCUUGAUCCACGGGUAGUACCUACUAGUAGCCUGUAGUGAAGGUCUUGUCUUAAAGGGUACAUUAAGUAGGCUAUAGCUCCUAGUUGUACGUUCAAAUAGGCUUCAGUAGUGCUGAUCACUCAGGUGCAACUCAUAAGGUUGAGUGCAGUCAAACCUAAGCUCAUUAGCAGCUAGUCUGAGUUAUCUUAUGUGUCGAGGAAUCUCAAGGGUACUGAAUACGUAUGUUGUUGGAAAGGACGUUAGCAAGUGUUCGACCGGCUUUGCUAGGACAAGACUUAUGUAUCUAGGCUACUUCAUUUGAUUCG